AUGACCUGUCAUCACGCCCCUUCCACAGCCCAGCUCAUCCUAUUGGUCCUGCUCAUUGUCACUCCACAUCUGGCUGGCACCGCCCCUGCGUGGGGUGAGGGAAGGGAGGGAGGGGUGGAGGGGCGCACCCGGACAGACCUUAGAAAAGACAACCUCGCCCCCUUUCUCUCGCCCCCACCCCAGAGUCUCUCCAGCCCCGACAACGGUUCGCUAGACCGGGGCCAGGGCCCGGGUCAAGACGACCAAUCAGAUAAAGUGACGGACCCUGCGCAGGUGCUCGCUGUGCUUUUGGAAGCCCUGGACCACCCGGGGGAGAGAGAAAUCCAGGCAAGCAGAGACGGAAUUUGGGAAGAGGAUGAGAGUCAGACAGUGGUGGGUGGUGAGAUAAGGAGAACAGGGGAGACAGAGGGCGAGAGAGGGGUGGAGGAGGAGGAGGAGGGGCGAAAGGCUGAUAAGGCUAUUGAACAGCUAAUUGUAGGCCAUUUGACAGCUGCUCAGGGUGAUGACUUAAAGGAAAGGGAUGGGGAAGAUAAAAACACAAGGUCAGAGGAGAAUCAAGGGUGGUCUGUGGAGGAUGUUGGAGCUGAUAGUGUAAACGAGGAAGAAGGGAAAGAGGAAGAUGAGGGGCAGGAGGAGGGAAAUUAUUUAGAAAGUCUCCUAAAGAAGGCCAGACCAAGUUCCGCCUCACAGGGAGACGAUCUAUCUCUGCAGCGCAAAAUAAGAGGCUACUUCCAAAACAUUGACUUGGGUCUCCAAGAUAAUGAGAUCCUGCCUCCUCUUAAGGGCUACAAAGCAUACAACACUCAGCUCGCACGUGCCGGAAAGAAGCUGCACUGGGAGGAGAACCAGGAUGGCAACCGACCCGUCAACGGGGGCAACUUCAUGGACGACUUUGAGGAUGAAGGAGAGGAGCUAGAGGAGGAGGUUGAGGAAGAGGAGGAGAGCCUCUCCCAUAUGCAAGAGGAGGCGAGAGCGCGCGCGGAGAAACAGGAGGUUCUUCGGCAACAGGAGGAGGCGGAGCGAGCCAGGGAGGAGGAGCAGAGGCUGGCAGACAUCGCCUCCGACAUGCUGCUGCAGUACAUGGGGAGGAAGCAGCAGUCCUACAUGAAGCCCCGGCAGAAGAGCAGCAUGGGGCCCGCCAGCAACACUGCGGAGGACAAGCGCUCUGAGGAGGUCGUCCCCGACGAAGACGACAUGGACCAGCAAAUGAUCGACAGGCUGAUCGAGAUCAGCAGCAAGCUGCACCUGCCUGCCGAUGAUGUGAUUGAGAUUAUCAGUGACGUGGAAGAGAAGAAGAAGAAGAGGAAAGAGCUGCAACAGUUGCCAAUCAACAGCAACCCCGUCGCCCCGCGCUUCAGGCCUCUGGUACCUCCUCCUCUGGCUGCGCCGCCUAUAUACCACUACACCGCCUCAAAAAACCCCAAGAAAGCCCCUUAUAGGUACAACAAGUCCAACAAGAAAUGGCACAAGGACAAAGUCAUGUCCUAUAAGCAGGACUAUUGGUACAAGCCUAAGAAGCAGCUUGACUACUGGUAUAAACCACAGAAACAGUUUUUAGCCUUCCCCUCCUAUCCAUACUACCAGAAGCCAUAUAGAGCAUACUACCCUGUUUAUUUCCCAUAUCCCAAACCACAAUAUUAUGGCAAGCCCUCCCCCUCCAGAGACCAGCCAUUCGGCCCCCAGGAACUUGACCUCCAGCCCCCGAGGCGCAGGCACAGGGCUGGGGGUAAGAACCGCGGGCAGGGCUGGAGGCAGCAGCAGCCAGCGCCACGCCUGCCUCUCACCCCUUAUAUCUCUAACUAUAUCCUUCCUCACCCACGGACCUACCAACCCCUACCUCCGCCCAAACCAAUAACCCCACCCAGGAGAGGCAGGCGACCCCCGUUCUACUAUCAACAAGUCACACCGGGAGAUGACUAUGAGGAAGAUGGGCUGGUGCCUCAGUUGGACAGUGAGGAGGAACUGGAAAACUUUAUUGAGAGGAUCUACAUGAAGCGCAGAAUGUACUGA